AUGUGUGGGGAUAAGGAGGACGACACAGAAAAGUUGCUUGAUGCAACUAAGACUAUAAAAUCAUUAAUUGCCAACGAAGAUGCCCCUUCAAAUUCACUUGAAGAUUUGCUAAUAGAUAGCUUGACCUCUGUUUCUUCAUUUUUCGAUGAUUUGUACCUACUACGAAGCUUUGGAAUAAUAAGCGAUACCAAUUUCUUAUAUCAAAAGUUAAAUAAAGGGGACAUUGGCUCGAAAGUAUGGUUGGUGAGCCUUCUUCUUUCGAUAAGACGAUCAUUGACUCGAUUAUAUACGCUGAUUAGGCUGAAAUUAAAACUUCGAAAAGAAUGUAUGAAUAUUGCCUCAACAUACUCCCCAGGCUUUAAAAAGCUGGUCAAGGAAAAAAUUCUGGCCGAGAGCAACCAAUUGAGCCUAAAGAUUAGGUCUUUAUGCAUGGAUCUGCUACAGGAUUUACUGUAUAUGAUCAUCGUCUCUAUAGACAUAUUCAAGAUUAAUCUCUCGUUGAAAUUUAAAAGGGCACUUGAGUUGAUUUCAAGUGCGGCAACAGUUUUGAAGUUUGUAUCGAGUAGCUAUCAAAUUAGCCUAUAA